GCGUCCACCGGCCGGUCAGUCAACAGAGCGGGUGGUCCAACAGUGUGUGGACGGUACUGAGCUCUGUCCACCGGAGCCGACCACGGCGGAGGCGGCGAAUAUCAGAUGGAGAUGACAGAUGUGCGUGAAGACCUGGUCGCCCUUCACCGGGAGGUGUCCGCCCUUCGUGAAGUGGUGGCUGCCCUUCGUGAAGAGAUGUCCGCCCUUCGUGGAGUGGUGGCCCCCCUUCGUGAAAAGGUGACCAUUCUGAGUGAGGUAGUGGCGAAAGACAAUUCAGACACGAAGAAACUCAAGGGGGAGAGCGCCGCACUUCACGGUGCGAUGGUCCGCCUGGAGCAGGCAGUUAUCGAGGAGCGGACCACUCGCCAGACCGUGGUGGAGGAGCUGCGGCAGGAGGUCCGCCGGCGAGCGGCGCCAUCCGGCCGUCCCCAGGGUAAAAUUACAAAAGCGUUUCAUGACGUCACGGUACAGACGGAGCCGCAGCCACCGGCAGACAGUGAUACCACAGUGCUGAGAGAGGCGCUAAGGACCGUGACGACGUUCGACGCUCCGUCAGCCCUUGGCGAGGACCAGCUGACGGCGCUCCUGCAGAGUCUUCCCCGCUUGGAGGAGCUGACCGUCAGGGUCCCGUCCUUCGGAACGGGGCGGUGGCUGCGGCUGCUGCCGACGUCACUGAGGACGCUAUACGUUACCGGUGAGAAGUAGUUGAGGAAACGCGUACUAUUACUUCUGAAUGGUGGUAGGUACUUACAUAGUACAUAAAGUAACAGUUUCAGUGACAAACGUUCAGCGGACAUAUGUGUGCCAUGCUACCUACAUGCUACACAAACAUUAGCCACUGUAUUGUACAUACCUACUUUAUACUCUUGCAAACGAACCUGUAUGUACUGAACCUGUAUGACCUGUAUGUACUGAACUGUAUUAAUUAACCCUCGCCCGCACAUGCCAUUUUCCCAUCCUAGAACGCACAUGGGGGGGGGAGGGGGUUGCCACCCCCGCGCCAUUUCGUUCCUGUUGGAGAUAGAGCUUAGCGAUAAAGACCAAAAAGAUUCUUUGGGAAGAGACGAAUCCAAUGAUACCCAGUUUUACCUUCCCAGGUCAGUCAUUGACCUUCCAGGUCAGGUCAAACUAAAAAAUGUUGCUGUUUUGGGUCACCGUUGGAUAUCAAGUGCGCUGCUUAUCAUAUACCGAUGACGAUGCCGUUUUCUGGUGCCAAGCCAGCUAGAACCUCUUUGUCACACUAUCCGACCAGGUUUUUGCUGCUGAGGUCAUUUCAGGUCAAGUUAGGUCAAGGUCAAUGAUAUGUGUUUGUAUGUCUGUGUGUGUCUGCGUGUAUACUGAUGUGUGCACCGAUUGUUUAUGUGUCCAUAUUACAUGAAAUCAUGAUCUGAGAAGCUUUUUCCAAAAAUGCAGUAAAAAAACUUCAAAAAAAA